UCUUGCUACAAAGUUAGUUAUAUAUGUUCAUCUUCUCUGCAAUUUCCUUUAAGUUAUAAUAGCCAUGUUUGGUCUAAAUCUCAGACACAGCCUUUUCUUCUUCGUGUCUUGUGUCCUUGGUAUUGUUUCAGCUCAUCAGUUGUCUUCAAAUUUUUAUGCCACAUCAUGUCCCUUAGCCCUUACCACCAUUAAAAGAGCAGUAACCGCUGCUGUGGCUAAAGAGGCUCGCAUGGGAGCGUCCCUUCUUCGUCUUCACUUCCAUGAUUGCUUCGUUCAAGGAUGUGAUGCGUCUAUCCUUUUAGAUGAUACUUCAAGUUUCAGAGGCGAGAAGACCGCAAUGCCAAACGUUAACUCUGUCAGAGGUUUCGGGGUCAUCGACAACAUUAAAUCGAAGGUCGAGACUUUGUGCCCCGGCGUUGUCUCCUGUGCUGAUAUCGUGGCUGUUGCUGCUAGAGACUCUGUUGUUGCUCUUGGUGGGCCCAGUUGGACGGUACUGUUGGGAAGAAGAGAUUCAACUACAGCAAGUUUUAGUUCUGCUAACUCUGACUUGCCGGCUCCGACUUUGGAUCUUAAUGCUCUAAUCACUGCUUUCUCUAACAAAGGUUUCACUGCUAAAGAAAUGGUUGCACUCUCAGGAUCUCACACAAUAGGGAAAGCACAGUGUUUAAAUUUUAGGGCGAGGAUUUACAACGAGACCAACAUUGAUUCCUCCUUCGCAAAGGCGUUACAAGGACACUGUCCGAGAGCAGGUGGUAACACCAACUUGGCUAAUCUUGACGCAACCACUCCCAACUCGUUCGACAACGCUUACUUCAAGAACCUGUUGUGCAAGAAGGGCUUGAUGCACUCCGACCAACAGCUCUUCAAUGGAGGAUCCACAGAUUCUCAAGUCACUGUUUAUAGUAAUAACCUUGGGCCUUUCAGAGCUGACUUUGCCAAUGCUAUGAUCAAGAUGGGAAACCUCAGCCCUCUCACAGGAUCCAAUGGUCAGAUUAGGACCAAUUGUCGAAAAGUCAAUUAAUUCGGGCUGAGUUCAUAUUGAUGGCUACGUUUAGGGAAUAAAAGUAAUGACGAAGUGGAAAGCCAUUAAUUAGAUUUGAUCAAGUUUAGUAUUUUCAGAAGGUGUAAUUGGUUUUAGCUCUAUAUAUAUCGUGGUGCGUAAGUGUUGUGUACGUAUUAUUUUUACAGUGCUAAAAGCCUAAAAGUUGAAUCCA